AAAUAGUUGAUCAUCCGGCACCCUCCCGAACGCAACCUGUUUGAGUCACCUCGGCGCUCGCACGGUGCUCUCAGUCAAGGUCGAAGAAAUUCGGAAAACGGUUUCUGUUUUCACUAUUCUCAGUUUCGUCACUGUCUCAAAAAAUAUAUUAUCGCACGCUUUUGAGUGUGCGUGGCUGUGCGUGCGAUAAAAAAAAAGUGUUCUCUACCUCUCUAAUUCAAAGGCAACGUUUGAUUGUGGGAGUUCUGUAGGGGGACUCGAAAGAGGCGAUCAAAACAAAAGCGGUUAAAAUACAUCCAUCUAUAUCGUGGAAAUAGCGGGAAACACGUUGUUUCAUAUUUCCGUCGAAAGCCAACGCGCAUGAGCCGACUCUCAACAUAAAUAUAUGCCUUAGAACUUGGCCCUAUCGAAGACAGGCAGCACAGAAAUUGAUUUCUUCGACUCGGCUCGGCUUGACGGGUCACUGCAGACUGGCCAUCCGAAGAUAUCCGUAGGUGGCAGAUAUGAACCAGUGGUAAUGAGCUCAUCGAUAAAAGCAAGCUUCCGUAUAUGAAACUGAGCUCAGGGAAAACGUACAGCUCAAGUAUAAGGCCUAGUUGUACAAUCAUUUUGAAUCUCUAGGCCGGAUAAGUGGUAAAAAUCGCUGCUCAAAACAAAACCAUCCGUUCUAACUCUCUUCCAAAGUGCGCAAAACUAGCCAAUCAAGGAAGGGAAACUCCAUUUCGAAAGCGUAACUUCCGGCAAUGGCAAAACUACUGCGAGCAUUUUCCAACUUCUUCAACAAAUAUCCGCUGGCAGGAAAUGGGAUGGUAUACGGAAGCUUGUAUGUGGGGGCAGAGUUUUCUCAACAAACAAUCACGAGGAAAUUCCUGACUGAUCCUCCACAGGACAUCGAUAAGCCAACCCUGGGACGAUAUGCCAUCAUGGGAACGUUCAUCUACUCUCCAAUCCUCUACAAUUGGUACAAAUGGUUAGAUAGGACGUUUCCAGGAACUGCCAAACGUAUCGUGGUGAGGAAGCUGCUGCUGGAUCAGUUCAUAUUAACGCCUCCGCUGUUGGCGAUAUUCUUCACGGGAAUGUCCCUGAUGGAGCGUCAGUCGAACGUCCUGGAAGAGUGCAAGCAAAAGUUCUUACCGACAUUUGCCCGGUCCUGCCUCUUCUGGAUGCCAGCGCAAACGCUCAACUUCCUCCUGGUGCCUCCAAAGUUCCGCGUCGUAUACGUCGGGUCCUGUGCCUUCGCCUGGGUAAACAUCCUGUGCUGGGUCAAGCGCCAAAAGAUGACCGCCGCACCCGUCAAGCCGGUCUCGUCAUCAUCUCCGUCGGUAGAUGCUCAGUAAAUAAUGUAUGUGCAUGAUUUCUCACAAAGAAGUAAAAACCCAAUCCAAAGUAGUUAGACCGAUUUUUGCAAAGCAAAACCAAUUUAAACAAAUCUAAAUUUUUCGCCUUUGGCCAUUUGUUAUUGCUGUGAGCGUAUUUUUCUUCUCGAAUAAAAAAUGGAAACUUUAUAAAAUCAACAA